AUGCAGCUAAUUCUCACCUUACACGACCUGGCAAAGGCUAUUCAGAGCUCAUCGAUCCACGCGGUCGUCUUGGACUUUGCCAAGGCUUUUGACAAGGUCCCUCAUACGCGUCUCCUAAGGAAACUGCACCACUAUGGAAUCCAGGGCCCGCUUCUAAUCUGGUUGGAGUCGUUUCUUACACAUCGUUUUCAAUCAGUUGCUUGCGAAGUCCAAACAUCAAAUCAACUUCCAGUGACUUCUGGUGUACCCCAAGGUACAGUCCUUGGCCCGCUACUUUUCUUACUAUAUAUAAACGACUUACCAGACAACGUGCAAUCAACAAUUAGGCUCUUUGCGGACGAUGCUUUACUCUACGGCGUUAUCGCUAGCGAUGCAGACUGUGACCUUCUUCAAUCUGACCUACACAGACUAGAAUCCUGGCAACACUAUUGGCAAAUGGAGUUUAGUCCUUCCAAAUGUAAAAUUGUUACCAUCUCACAUAAGAUCAACCCAGCCCAGAGAAAAUACGUCUUCUGUGGUGUAGAAUUGGAACAGUUGGAUAGCUUCCCAUAUCUUGGGGUUACUAUUAGUAACAAGCUUAAGUGCAAGUGCUUUAGCCAAGCAGGAAACCUUCGUAAACAUCACACGGUAUUUACUGGAGAAAAGCCUUUUCAAUGCAAGGUUUGCAAUAAGUGCUUUACCCAAGCAGGAAACCUCCGUAAACAUCACACGGUACAUAGUGGAGAAAAGCCUUUUCAAUGCAAGGUUUGCAGCAAGUGCUUUAGCCAAGCAGGAAACCUUCGUAAACAUCACACGGUACAUACUGGAGAAAAGCCUUUUCAAUGCAAGGUUUGCAAUAAGUGCUUUACCCAAGCAGGAAGCCUCCGUAAACAUCACAGUGUACAUACUGGAGAGAAGCCUUUUCAGUGCAAGGUUUGCGGAAAGUGCUUUAGCGAAGCGGGAAGCCUCGGAACCCAUCACAGGGUACAUACUGGGGAAAAGCCUUUUCAGUGCAAGGUUUGCGGAAAGUGCUUUAGCGAAGCGGGAAGCCUUGGAAAACAUGACAGGGUGCAUACCGGAGAAAAACCUUUCCAGUGCAAGGUGUGCGACAAGCGCUUUAGCGAUGCAGGAAACCUUCGGCGUCACAACAAAGUACACUUGGACCGAGAGUUCAGCUGCUGGAUUUGUCAGGUGUUAUUUCGUACUAAGGGCGCCCUGCAUAAGCAUUACGAUGAUCAUAUGAAACAAGCACUUCGUACAACGAGUUAAGUCAAACAGAGAAUUACGUUCUUGAGACAGAGUUUUAUCAUCUUUUGUAUAGAAUUACUGUUUCUUACAUAAGCUUUCUACUCGGGAAACAUGGCUAGUCGCAGUAAGACUCGUCAUUUGUAACUUUUCCUUUCAAUUAUAGCACUCUCGUGGGAUAAAAAAAAUAAGAAAUCUGAGGACAGCCAAAAUUGGUCGAGGCUUACAGCCGAUUUGGCUCUCAGACGAUUUUUUUCAUCCAAUUUUUACCAAAAUUGGACGAGUAUGUAAGUCCUCUUACUUAUUCAUUUUAUAGCCAGUCAGUUGUAAUUGUUUAGUUAGGCUAUUGUUUUUUUUUUUUUAAAACUGUCCAACUGUCCAACCAAAAAUUACGGGCGACAUGACUUCAGCUGCCGAUCUCAAUUAUUGGUGAAUGGCGGUUUUGUGUAAGCCGUGGGCUGUGUGAGAAAGCUUUUUAUUUCGUGCCAAGCCUCUCGCAGUUUUGCUGCCCAGCCCAAUGGCGCCCACGAAACCGCCAGGUUUACGGUCAAGUCGUUUCAAAGUCUUCUCGCCCGAAGUCAUGUUGAUCGGAACCUUAAAUAAAAAGUCAAGUCACCCGUUUUCUUUUAUCACUUUUAAAAACACCAAAAUGGCAUAUCUUUAGAAACUACUGAAGGUGACAAUUGUCUUAUUUAAAAUUAACCAUUACCCAGUCCACUUUUACAAUCCCUUCUCAACCAUAAACUUUACACUGGACAUGUGCUGAUAUUCAGCAAGGCAUGACUGAUAAGCUGAAACUAGUCAUUGAAAAGUUUACCAUUAAGUGUAGUAAAACUUAAACCAAAUUUAUCAUAGCGACCCGUCAGAAUAAGACCGAUGUCAUCCCUAACCAGUGAGGACUCAAAGUGAAAGGAAGCAGCUUGAAACGCGAAUGAGAACGUUGCGAUUGUUUAUAGCUCUGCAUCUAAUUUGCUGAGAGGGUAGCCCGAGUUUUAUGGACCAAUCACAAAGCGAAGAAAGUAAAACCAUAGCAAUCGCAGAAUACUUCAGACACUCCAUUGAAAAUUUCUUUAAAUGUGGAAAAUUAAAAUUUCCAAUUUCCAUACUUAUAUAUAGCAUGAUCUUAAAACCAAAAUUUCAUCUACUCAAGCAGAAAUAUCUCUCCAUAAUUUGCCAUCAAACUUUACUUUUACAAAUAUUUACUGGCUUUAUUCGUAGUUUGCUUUAUCAGAUCUGAGGAAAGAGAUAUUUUCAUGUUUUUCUGCCAAGCUUUAAGGUGGCUGG